AAAAAUAUCUUGCUUAGCGGUGAAGUCCCCCUCACGCAAACGUUAGGAUUUGGGGAAAUGGAUAUGUUUUUGUAUUGCUUAAAGGAUGCAGACUGAGAGAGGGCCCGUUGGUUUCCUGUCUAAAAGCAUUAUUACUUUUGUCCAUGUGGCAAAAUAAUUAGCAUACAGAUGAGAAGUGAUCCUGUCUCUGAGCCUCGGUAGCAAGAGAAGAUGUGCAGUGAAAAGUUGAUUGGAUGAAUGGAGAACAAAUGGUGGGCGUUCAAAAGCAUUAGAAGAGUUUUGUUGUCGUGGAGCAGGAGACAGUAAUGCCAAACAAUGAAUAAUCGCUUCAAACAUGACACUAUAUCUGCAUUAUAGCCGAACACAUACUGAACAUAUGCUAGAGAAGAAAAUGAAUCUGGAGGAAAAUUGGUGAAUCCAAUCCAGUGGACCUACAAGCACCCUGACAGGCUCAGAAAGCAGAGUCUGGACCAAAGAGCAAUUACCCCACCAAACGAUUUCAGAUGGAGGUGGAUGCAGACGAGAAGCGCCAUCGCACACGCUCCAAAGGUGUUCGAGUUCCCGUGGAACCAGCCAUACAAGAGCUGUUCAGCUGUCCUACUCCUGGUUGUGAUGGCAGUGGUCAUGUUAGUGGCAAAUAUGCAAGACACAGAAGUGUUUAUGGCUGUCCUUUGGCAAAAAAAAGAAAAACACAAGAUAAGCAACCCCAAGAACCUGCUCCCAAAAGAAAACCCUUUGUGGUUAAAGCAGACAACUCUUCAGUAGAUGAGUGUUAUGAAACUGAUGGAACAGAGGAGAUGGAUGAAAAGGAGGAGGAAGAAGAGGAAGAGGAAGAGGAGGAGGAGUAUUCUGAUGACAAUGAAGGUGAUGAGGAGGAGGAGGAUGAAGAAAUAGAUCGAGACGAGGAAGAGGAGAUUGAAGAGGAAGAAGAGGAGGAUGAAGAGGAAGCAGAAGAUGUGGAGGAGGAGGAGGAGGAGGAAGAAGAGGAGGAAGAGGAGGAGGAGGAAGAACGUGAAGACCAUCAAAUGAAUUGUCACAAUACUCGAAUAAUGCAAGACACAGAAAAAGAUGAUAACAAUAAUGAUGAGUAUGAUAAUUAUGAUGAACUGGUGGCCAAGUCAUUGUUAAAUCUUGGCAAAAUUGCAGAGGAUGCAGCAUACAGAGCCAGGACAGAAUCAGAAAUGAACAGCAAUACAUCUAAUAGUCUGGAAGAUGAUAGUGACAAAAAUGAAAAUAUUGGUCGGAAAAGUGAGCUGAGUUUAGAUUUAGACAGUGAUGUUGUUAGGGAAACAGUGGACUCCCUUAAAUUAUUAGCACAAGGACAUGGUGUAGUGCUUUCAGAAAACAUUAACGACAGAAAUUAUGCAGACAAUAUUUCACAGCAAGAUAACAGGAAUAUGAACUUUGUAAUGCUAGGGAAGCCUAUGAACAAUGGACUUAUGGAAAAAAUGGUGGAGGAGAGUGAUGAAGAGGUGUGUCUCAGCAGUUUGGAAUGCUUAAGGAACCAGUGUUUUGAUCUGGCUAGGAAACUUAGUGAGACGAACCCACAGGAAAGAAAUCAGCAGCAAAAUAUGAAUGUUCGUCAACAUGUCAGGCAAGAAGAUGACUUCCAAGGAAGAACGCCAGAUCGGAAUUACUCUGACAUGAUGAACUUAAUGAGGCUUGAAGAACAGUUGAGUCCCAGAUCUAGAACUUUUUCUAGCUGUGCAAAGGAGGAUGGGUGUCAUGAAAGAGAUGAUGAUACCACCUCUAUUACUUCGGACAGGUCUGAAGAAGUUUUUGAUAUGACAAAAGGUAACUUAACCCUGCUUGAGAAAGCUAUUGCUUUGGAAACUGAGAGAGCAAAAGCCAUGAGGGAAAAAAUGGCAAUGGAAGCUGGAAGGAGGGACAAUAUGAGAUCAUUUGAGGAGCAGCCUCCGCGACAACUUUCUGGGGAUGACAGGAAGCCUAAAUCCAGUGACGGCCAUGUCAAAAAGCCAUAUUAUGGUAAAGAUCCCUCAAGAACAGAAAAGAAAGAGAGCAAAUGUCCUACCCCUGGGUGUGAUGGAACUGGCCAUGUAACGGGGCUUUACCCCCAUCACCGCAGUUUGUCAGGAUGCCCACACAAAGAUAGGGUCCCUCCAGAAAUUCUUGCCAUGCAUGAAAAUGUUCUUAAGUGUCCUACACCAGGCUGCACAGGUCGGGGCCACGUAAAUAGCAACAGGAAUUCUCACAGAAGCCUCUCUGGAUGUCCUAUUGCUGCAGCAGAGAAACUGGCUAAAGCUCAAGAGAAGCAUCAGAGCUGUGAUGUGUCAAAAUCAAACCAGGCAUCAGAUCGGGUUUUAAGGCCCAUGUGCUUUGUUAAGCAAUUGGAGAUCCCUCAGUAUGGCUACAGAAACAAUGUCCCCACCACCACACCCCGCUCCAACUUGGCCAAGGAACUAGAGAAAUACUCUAAGACUUCGUUUGAAUAUAACAGUUAUGACAACCAUGCCUAUGGCAAGAGAGCCAUAGCUCCCAAGGUGCAAUCCAGGGAUAUAUCCCCCAAAGGAUAUGAUGCUAAACGUUAUUGUAAGAAUUCAAGCCCAACCAGCAGCACAACAAGCAGUUAUGCCCCUAGCAGCAGCAGCAAUAUGAGUUGUGGUGGAGGCAGCAGUGCCAGCAGUACCUGCAGCAAGAGCAGCUUUGACUAUACUCAUGACAUGGAGGCAGCACACAUGGCUGCCACUGCUAUUCUGAAUCUCUCCACUCGCUGCAGGGAGAUGCCUCAGAACCUCUCCACUAAACCUCAGGAUCUCUGUGCCCGGAAUCCUGAUAUGGAAGUAGAUGAAAAUGGAACCUUGGAUCUAAGCAUGAACAAACAGAGACAGCGAGAUGGUUGCUGUACCAUUUUGACACCACUGGAGCCAAUGUCACCACAACGACAAGCUGUGAUGAAUAACCGGUGUUACCAACUGAAUGAGAGUGACUGCUGGGACUUGCCAGUGGACUACACUAAAAUGAAGCCCAGAAGGAUAGAUGAAGAUGAUUCCAAAGAGAUUAAUCCAGAAGACUUGGAUCCUUUCCAAGAGGCACUUGAAGAACGAAGGUAUCCUGGUGAAGUUACAAUCCCAAGUCCUAAACCCAAAUACCCUCAGUGCAAAGAGAGCAAAAAGGAUUUAAUAACUCUUUCUGGCUGCCCCUUGGCUGACAAAAGCAUUCGAAGUAUGCUGGCCACAAGCUCACAAGAACUCAAGUGUCCAACCCCUGGUUGUGAUGGCUCUGGGCACAUUACUGGGAAUUAUGCUUCACAUCGAAGUCUCUCAGGUUGUCCAAGAGCAAAGAAAAGUGGAAUCAGGAUAGCACAAAGCAAGGAAGAUAAAGAAGACCAAGAGCCAAUUAGAUGUCCAGUUCCUGGUUGUGAUGGUCAGGGUCAUAUAACUGGAAAGUAUGCAUCCCAUCGCAGUGCAUCAGGGUGCCCUCUAGCUGCCAAAAGGCAAAAGGAUGGGUACUUAAAUGGCUCGCAGUUCUCUUGGAAGUCAGUGAAGACGGAAGGUAUGUCAUGUCCAACUCCAGGAUGUGAUGGCUCGGGACAUGUCAGUGGUAGUUUUCUUACUCAUCGUAGUCUAUCAGGAUGCCCCAGAGCGACUUCCGCCAUGAAGAAAGCAAAGCUGUCUGGAGAACAGAUGCUAACAAUAAAGCAACGGGCCAGUAAUGGUAUAGAAAAUGAUGAAGAAAUUAAGCAGCUAGAUGAAGAAAUCAAGGAACUAAAUGAAUCCAAUUCCCAGAUGGAAGCUGAUAUGAUUAAACUCAGAACUCAGAUUACCACAAUGGAGAGCAACUUGAAGACGAUAGAAGAGGAGAACAAAGUAAUUGAACAGCAAAAUGAGUCUCUUCUUCAUGAACUGGCCAAUUUAAGCCAGUCUUUAAUUCAUAGUCUAGCUAAUAUCCAGCUGCCACAUAUGGAACCAAUCAAUGAACAAAAUUUUGAUGCUUACGUGACCACUUUGACGGACAUGUAUACAAAUCAAGAUCGUUAUCAGAGUCCAGAAAAUAAAGCCCUACUGGAAAAUAUAAAGCAGGCUGUGAGAGGAAUUCAGGUCUGAACAGCUGCUAUAGUGGUGAAAGUCUUGCUUAAAAAAAGGAUGCCUCUUGUUUUUUGCUGCUGUAAUUUACCAGAAAGUGUUAUAUAUUUAUUUCUGUUUGAAACAGUGUUAUGCUUACAAGACUUCAUAAUGAUUUUAUGUCUUGCUUUAAAGAUAGUAACUGCAGAAUAGUUUUUUGAAUACAUUCACAUUUUGUACGUUUUCAUAUAAGCUGACAUAGUGUGAUAUGCCAUGUAAUGUUUAUAGCUGCUAAUGUAUGCACAUUUUUGGGGUAUAUAUAUUUCUGAAGAGGUAAGCUGAUCGAAAUAAAUAGAGUGUAAAUUCUUUUUAAUGCUUUAGUGAUUAAAUGUUUUAGUAUUUUGAACUGAAAUGGACAAAAAAAACAGCUUUGAAUGACAAUGUUGCGGUCUGCAGCCACUUUUUAAACACUUUAUCAUUUUGCCUCAUGUUGGAGGAUUUUAUGGGAUUUAAGAAAUACAUUUUGUGUGCAUAUUGUUUCAUAGCAAGAAUUGGUUGCAAAAAUGCUUUAUUUUUGAACAAUGCUUGAAAAUAUUAUGUGACUUUUGUUUUCAGAGGAUGGUGUGUGGUGGGGGCAAUAAAAUGAGGUUUUUUGAAAUCCAAGAAAAUGGCAUGGAUUAGAUGUAAGAUACAAAAUGGGUAAUUUAUUGUAAGACAACAUCAAGCCAUGGAAACUUGACAGAAGAUUCAAAGCAGCUUAAACAGCACUUUUAAAUUAACUUCUAAGCAUUACAUGGUAUGAAUAUGGGAACUUCCAUUAUGAAAGGAACUAUAUCAGAGGUGGACAACCUGAAGAUUUCAGCUUUUAUUUUCAAAUAAACUUUGGCACCAACAUUCUCGUAUCUCUCCUGGACUGCUUAGUGCCCCUCUGAACUAUGUCUUAUAACAAUGUAGUCCAUCUUUCAGAAACUCUGUAUUUUCAAUUUAAGAUGAAAGACAAUAUUUUAAAACUAAUAUUGCCUUUUUACCUCUUUAAUUUUGGGAUAAAGACAAAUGAUUUGUGUCUACUGUAGUUACUGAACUGGAUUCACUGCUAGCUUUAGGAGGAAUGCAGCUCAGUAAAGAUUUUUUUCUUUUUGCUUUGCCAAGCAUUUGAUCCCAUUUUUCAUAUUUUAAUAGUUAUGUUCUGCAUUUUGUUGGAGAACAAUCAUUCCUGCAGCAUUCAUGUAUGCUUUAUAUUUGUUCUACUAUUAUCUAUUGCAAAAAUGAAUGCAAUCAAAUUUUAAUGUAACUAAAUAUACUUCAGCACUUUUUUUGCUUUAAACUGGAUCAUUUUAAGAUAAAACUUAUUUGUACCUUCAAGAUUUGAUUGUUUUCUUCAAAAUGACUGCACUAUAUGUAUGCAUAAGACCACUUUUUAUUACGACAUUUUUUUUCCUUUUUAAGUAGUAAUUUUGAUGUGUUGUGUUUUACAGAUGUUGAAUUUAUUUAAAAUUGAUAGCAUAUCUUUUCCUUCCAUGUCUUGAUGUUAUGCAGAAAGUACAAAAGUACUUUAAAAUUUUGUUAUGAAAAAGAUGGGUUUUGUAAAAAAUAAAAUAUUUUUAGCAGAACAGGACUUACAGGGUCAUUGUCCCCACAAUGUGCCAGUUGACUAUUUGCACUUACCUUGCCCUAUAUAUCCAUACGGAGGUGUGCAAUUUCUUGUGUCAUUAGCCUUGUGACACUAAACCUGAACAAAUUAUAGUGGAAGCCAUUAUGGCCAAUCCAGUAAUAUUGCUAAGGGAGACUACAGGGAUCUCACAACAAAUAUUCUGAUACAAUAUUCAACCUCGGUAUAUAUAUAUAUGUAUAAAUAUAUGUAUAUCCCAGCGGCACUUUAUACUAUUCACUGUACAAAAGCUUACAGUUUUCCAUGAGGACUUUAAUAACUAGCUGGGAAAAGAUUAUGUAAUUACUUUGGGGGCUCUGCAGUCUUAUCUGUACAGUGCCCUUUUUCUGUUGUGCUAUUAGUUGUAGCUGCCAUGCUCAGAAUUGCCUUUUUGAGAGCUGAAGCAAGGUGCUUGUUGUUCACCUUCUGCCAUAUAUAUUGUACUUUUGCCCUAGCCUCCUUUUAGGGCUUUCAUUGUUCAUAAUGGCAUAUGCAUUUUUCCACUGCAUUGUGUCUGCAGCUUCUUUGCCAAUAUAGUAAUGCUUUCAGUAGAGUAAUAGAUAGUAUCAGUUUUGGAUUCUUAUUGUUAUCACCUAUGUACAAUGGAAAGGGAUUUUAAGCACAAAUCUGCUGCUCAUCUAAUGUUGGUACAUAAUAUCAAAUCAGAAGUUAUCUGUGACUAUUAUAUAGGGAUCACAAAAGUGUCACAUAUUAGAAUGCUGACCUUUCAUAUGAAAUUAUUGUGAGUCAGAGUUUAUUUAUUAUAACUUAUUGUUCAUAUUCAUUUCUAAGUUAAUUUAAGUAAUCAUUUAUUAAGACAGAAUUUUGUAUAAACUAUUUAUUGUGCUCUCUGUGGAACUGAAGUUUGAUUUAUUUUUGUACUACACGGCAUGGAUUUGUUGACAUUUUAAUUUUGCUAUAAAUGUGUGGAAUCACAAGUUGCUGUGA